CUUAGAAGCUACUUUUACAAUUGUUUCCUUAAAUUAGCUAGCGCCUUAUGUAAAAUUUAUUAAAAAUAAUUCGAUAACUUGAGCUGGUACGUUAUAAAAUCGCACCACUCACCUUCACCACUUAUUGGAAAGUAUUUAGAGGUAUUGGCAGCACUUGUAGUCGUUUCAUUACAUUGGUGGCAUUGGUAAAAGUUGAAUUGCAACUCUGAUUUUUUUCCUAUUAGUUUGCUGUGUUGUUGGCUUUUUCGGUUUAAAUAAUUUCGUUAAUUGCUACAUAUUUAAGAAGUAUAAUGUAAAUCCAGUUACUCAAAACUGUUUCCGAAUCACGGGCUUAUGAUUUAAACAAUUUGGGUUUGUGUUUAUUAAUAAUUUGCGUGUUUUAUUUUCGGCCUUCACUUGACGAAGUAACAACCUGUGAAACUAGUUUUGUUGUUAUUGCAUUUGGUAGAAAAAAUCUUUCAGUCGUGUUCUUGUAUAUGAGGAGUGGCUGAUUUUGUGCAGAAGUUAAGAGGUGACAUAAAUGUCAAAACAGCGGCAAAAAACCGAAAAGAUUAGAAAAUUUGUGUUUGUGUAUUGGGGGAAAUCGUAGACGAAGCUUAAUCUAAACUUAUAUCCAUCAAGCAGUGAGAACAGGAUCAGUGAGUUUGUACCAACGCCAUACAAGUUUUAUCACAAGAAAAACGAUAGUGGGGCGGCGGCGGCGGAACAGUAACCGUACAUCAACUUGCCAAAAGUUGUUACUACAACUCUUGCUUUAUAUUAGACCAAAGUAAGACAGAAUUAGGAUACAGACUUGGUAAAAGUUAUAACGACUACCGUAUUGGUUGGACAUUUGCUGAGUAAAUGCUGUAGAGCACAAGGCGUAUUGGAGCAAGGAGUCAAGUCGUUUAGCAUACGCGUGCGUAUUUAUGUUUGAAAUUUUGUAGCGGGAAUGUUGCGAUUUUUAAGUCGACGAAAGGUGCGUAGCAACUAUGUGGAAAACAGGGGUGGUGUUGCCGGAGGUGCCGGCGGUGUGGGUGUUACAAAUGCGAACAGUAGUAGUGGGACACAGAUUAAGGCGCAGCGUAUGCCAGUGAACAAAAACAAAAUUGAAUGUCGCGUAGUGCUGCUUGACAAUACCGAUCUUUCCAUUGAACUGUCGAAAAAAGCACUUGGCAGCUUCUUAUACGAGCAAGUCUUCUAUGCUUUAGACGUAAUCGAAAAGGAUUACUUCGGUUUGCAGUUUACUGAUGCUAAUCAUGUGAAACAUUGGCUUGAUCCUACAAAGCCCAUAAAGAAGCAAGUCAAAAUUGGACCACCAUACACUUUUCGUAUGAAAGUUAAAUUUUACUCAUCCGAACCGAAUACAUUGCGUGAGGAGUUGACGCGUUAUCUUUUCUUUUUACAAUUAAAGCAGGAUCUGCUAGAAGGUCGUUUGGAUUGUCCCGAUGAUAAAUCAGCUGAAUUAUGCGCGCUCGCAUUGCAAUCCGAGCUUGGUGAUUUCGAUGAACAAGAGCAUACUGCAGUCACAGUUUCGGAAUUUCGAUUUGUUCCCGAACAAACGGAAGAUCUGGAAAUUGCCAUAUUAGAAGAAUAUAAAACCUGUAGAGGUCUGACACCAGCGCAAGCAGAAACUGCCUACUUAAAUAAAGCUAAAUGGUUGGAUAUGUAUGGCGUUGAUAUGCACACGGUCUUGGGUAAAGACGGUUGCGAGUAUCAUUUGGGCUUAACUCCAACAGGAAUUUUAGUUUUUGAACGUGAUCAAAAAAUCGGCUUAUUCUUCUGGCCGAAAAUAAGUAAAUUAGAUUUUAAAAAGAAGAAACUCACACUCAUCGUUAUCGAGGAUGACGAUGAGGGCCGCGAACAAGAGCAUACAUUUGUAUUUCGUCUUUACAAUGAGAAAGCUUGCAAGCAUUUGUGGAAGUGUGCUGUUGAGCAUCACACAUUCUUCCGUUUGCGUGCGCCUGUGAAGGGACCAUCAGCACGUCAGAAUUUCUUUCGUAUGGGCUCACGAUUUCGUUACUCUGGACGCACAGAAUUUCAAACAACACAGCAAAGUCGCGCCCGACGCACUGUACAAUUCGAACGACGUCCAUCGCAACGUUUCGCUAGCCGUCAAUCACACUUGUUACGUGAUCGACAGAAAGCAUCCCAAGAGGCUGCCGCCUCAGCUGUUGCAGCAGUCAAUGCACGUGCCGCUGCCGCAGCUGCUGCUGCUGCAAAUGAAGCAGCGAACCCUACUAUUGACUCGAUACUAUCGAAUACAACGACAAUGGAGCAACAAGCAUCAAAUGUUGUCACACCCUCGCCAUCUGUACAGACAGUAAUAUAUAAUGCGGAGGUGCUAAAUGACACAGCGACAUGUAGUGCCGCUGCGACGCGUAGCAAUGCUGCUGGUGGCAUACGACGCAAUUCCAUGCGUUCGGAUUCCAGUGGUGAAGAUGGUGGUUAUACGAAGCUUGAUUGUUACAAUAAGGAAGCUUUGACUGUGAAACUGGAUACAGACUCUAUUAGCGCAACCAGUAGCCUGCAUCCAACAAAUGCAACGAAAAAUGUGGACGAUACCAAUCCGUUUAGAAAUAAUGCUUCCUCGCAUCAUGGCUCCUUUGGCAAGGCUUCAAUUAGUUCCGGUUUCAGGGUUACGAUCAACAAAACUUUUGACAUGGAACACAAUACGGAGACAUUGAAACGACUUUCAAGCUCAGAUAAACCGAAUAAUCAGGUGAAAUUGGCAAAUGUCGGUGGUGGCGCACUACCACCGGGGCAUAUAAAAUGCAAUAUUUUGAAGGCUCGUGUCGAGGAGGAACUUGGCUCCAGUGUGCUCUCUAAUGCCAACACAAAUGCGAAAAUGACAAAUCAAAUGUUUGUACCCGCGCCCAGUACAGUGCAACACAACAAUAACAACAACAGCAAUAGCAUAUUCAGCAGUAUUAAUUCGAACAACAACAGCACCGUUUAUAGUAGUGAUGGCCCAGACUCAUUGAAUGCCACAUAUAUUUCGGUGGGCGGUGAUAAAUUAACUUUGAGCAUAACUGAACAAAAGCCAACGAGCAGCAGUACGGCCGCCACGAGUGGCGUUGUUGCCACAGUGGUGGGUAACGGUAAUAUAGAAGUGAAUGGCUCAAAUGCUUACGGCAACGACUCGACUGCCGGUUUGUCAUCACCCACAACCCCAUCAGCGAAAAAGAUUUCCGCUUCCAAAACAACGAUAUCACCAUUUUCGAACGCUACUUUCAUAUCUGAAUUCAAUACAAUAAGUCCCAUCGUCGCCUCAUCAUCGUAUAAUAAUAACACACAUACCAGCACAGUUUUCACUACAACAUCGGCAGCAGCGAGUCCCGCCAGCAAUGCCAAUGAAACAUUUACCAUUAGAAAGGGUAACACUACAGCAACGGCCAUCGAUUUAUUAACACCUACUAGCCAACAACCGACAACAAAUUUGACAAACAUAAGCACGCCACCACCAACACCCACACAUACGUUUAGCGCAUCCGCGGCUGCGAAUGCUUCGGCAGCUGAGCGUUUGAUAAAUGAAAUAUUCAUAAAUAAUAUAAUUAAUAAUAAUGUGCGUGCAACGAAUGAGAAGAAGGCGGUUGGUAAGAAUACCGAAACAGAGUUGGUCAACGUCGAUGGCGGUGGUAAGUCGGUGGCGUCUAAGCCAUCGGCAGGUACAACACUUUUCUCCACGUUGCGUGAGCAGGAGCGUCAGCAGCAGCAUCUGUUGCAAGCGAAUGAUGAUGUGCAUAAGGAGCAGGAGCGCUGCGAAACUGAUGCGCAUAUAAUAACGAAGAAAGAUAUUGAAAAGAAGCAUCCGAACAAUCAUUCCAUUACACACAUACCAUCCAACAACGAUAUGGUUUCACCUUGGCUGGUGUCAUCUGAAGUGGUUUCAGCGCCAAAAGGUAAAGAACCAACAAUUCUACGCAAAUCAGUUAUAACAACGCAAUUGUAAGUGCUCAAUUCGGCAAUAACUAAAUUUAGCAUAAAUAUUUUUAAGUUUUUAAACGGUGCGUUGGAUUAUUUGAAGAUCAAAACGAUCAAAACUUGUAACAAAAUUUAUUUAUUGAUAAUUUCCAUGUAUAGGCAAUUCAAUUUCGCUGCAAUUUGCACUGCAUUUUUUUAUCUAUAAAACGAAGAGACAAUGUCAUUAUAUAGCAAACAAAUUUUUUAUUUUUUAUUUAAAUUAAUUUAAAAAAAUUUAAUGACAAAAACCUUUAUGCAUUGCGGCAGCCGAUAUCAUACUCUUUUACAGUGUAUACAAAUAUAUUUUACAUACAUUAUGAAACGAAAAUUCCAUUCCAUUAUACUAUUUUUUAUAGUACAUAUACACGCAUUAUAUUCAAGUUAUUUGAAUUAAAUAAAUAUUGCAAAUAUCUGGCAGCUCAUUAUGUACUUAAGUUUACAUAAGAAAGAAUAAUCAUAAUAGAAAUAUAUUCUAAACAUUUAUAAUCCAAUGAAAAAAGUGUACUUAAAUGUAUAAAUUAUAUUGCGAUAAAAAUAUGAGCAAUCUUCAAAUACGAAACGAAUGUUUGUGCCUUGUGUUUUCCACACAUACUCAAUAUACAUACAUACAUAUAUACUAAAUGUAAAGCAAUUUUUGUGUGUAAGAACCCGCCUAGAUAGCAUUUUGAAACUUUUAUCCUACCAAAAUAAUGCAAAUGCAUAAUAUUUAUGUCUUUAUACAUACAUACAUACAUACUUACAUAAAGAAAGAAAGAUUAAUGGCAUUUGAACUUGUUAGAGGUUUGUGGUGUCCGAUAUGUCUGAUUUGAACAAUUAAGUGUUUAAAAAACAAAUUUUUUAAUGACACACUGCAUUAUUUAUGCAUAUGUAGUUGACUUCAAAUGCGGUGUGUAAAGAGUGUGCGAAAUGUUAUACAUACAUAAAUCCAUUUGAAGCGUGCGCACACUUUCAUAUGUACGUGCGAUUAAUCAUUUUAUGCGCCAAAUUUGUGGUGCAUAGUGCGCGCAAGUGUCGGCACUUACCAAAAGUGGUUACAAGACAUCUUUUAAAUAAUGAAUAAUUCAUGCAGUUGUUGUCAUACAUAUAUUUACUGAGUAGUUAUAGAUUUAUAAUUGCCGUAUGAUUGAUUUUUGAUGUGUCAAUACAGCAGGCGACAAGUGAAUUAAUUUGAAUGAAUUAAUCACUUUAAUGUCAAUGUGAGAGAUUUUUAUUUAUAAAUUUUGCAAAUGAAUGAGAUAGAAAAAUGUGUUGCAAAAAUUGAUUUCUUGGCUACAAAUGUAUAUUAAACAAAAAAUUUUAUAAAAGUUUCAAGAAGCUUAUAAUUUCUUAUAAAAUAAAAAUUUAAAAUAAAAUACAAAAUAAUUCAGGCCGGUCUUUUGUGUUCAAAAAAGUGAAAAAAAUAAAAGAAAAACAUUAUCCAAGUUUUGGCCAUUGGAAGCGACUACUCUUCAUCAUAUUUCUGAUAAUAAUAAGCGUUUUGUAACAGCUGAAGCGAUUUUCGGCCGAGCUGCUUCACCAAUUUGUGGUUUUGCGUCUGGAUGUUUUUUCCAACAAAUGGAGGGACCUACAAUUUAUACUAAGCCGCCUCCGUACGGCUGAUGGUUUUUCAUAAGGAGGCCUUAUUUCAUUUCAGAAAUACACUCGCAGGGCUUAACAUACCCUGCCGAAUACUAUAAUACGAUCAUUGAGCCAUUUUCGAAUUCUUCAAAAGACGCGGAACUGUUGGCCCCCAAAUCGUUUUGCCGUUUUUUUUUUAGCAAUGCACAGCUCAAACACAUUGGUUGUACGCGAUAAUGUUUCGCAUCAAUGGUUUCGUCUGGUUUUAACAGCAAUACCAAUGUUUAAACUCUGUGGAUUAGCCAGUAAAAUCAACACAUUUGAAGUGUUUAAACUACUACUCUCUGCAUGACUUAUUUGUCAGCACAGAUUUACCAUAAACUCCCUCAAACUCCCCCUCGAUGGGGGCUUCAGCUGCACUUUUCUUCCAAUUAAAAUAGAAAAUCAAAACUUUCCGCCAAUCCGGAUAUUUUCCAAGAGGCAACAUACAAUGCUGUUGCCAGAAAUAGACGCUGGUGCACACUAAUUAUUGACAGAUGAGAAACCUUUCCAAUAAAAUAGUUGAUCGCUUUCAAGAUCGCCCACAACUUUCAGUUGGAGCUAUCUUUUGCCAAUGGGCCAAAUAAAAUUGGAAAUUUAAUUCCAUCGAUUAAUGGGUAUUAAUACAAGUUGGACAUAUACAAAAAAAAAAAGAAAAAAAAA